ACAGUCCUGUCCUCUGCUCAAGUCCUCAGACAGCUGCUGGAGUGUCCUGCUGAUCCGGGCUGUACGGAAAGCGCGGGGUUAAACAGCACACUGGCUCUGAAGGCGGAGCUUCAGUCUCUGCAGGGGGCGGAGUUUAACUCUCAGAGGGCCAUUCAGGAAACUCUGCGUCGAUCAGAGAGGACUAAGAACCUGAUUAAUGCAAGAGCUACUGAAGUGGUGAACGUCAGUCGCUCCCAGCAUCUCUUCACUUCUCUGGUGAGUGUCAGCGUGCAGAAGGAUCGGCUCCUCAGCCAGACUCUUCAUGACAGAGCGCUCACACAUCCACACAGCCAGGACCUCAGAGCAGCACAUGGCCCCUCCCUGGACAUCUUCAUGUCCUCUAACAUGGUCAGACAGAAGCCCCUCCCCCCAAAUGAAGAGCCCGUGCAUGACAAGCCCAAGCCGUCAUCGCGACCUGCCCACUCAACCUUUGACCUCUUCAGAAGGCAGAGACGGUGGGAGGGCACGUCCUGAUACUCCUGCUGUCCAUUUUUGUGUGUUCAGUGUGAACAGAGACUUUUACAAAUGAUCAAGUUCCUCAUAUUCAGCUGCAGCUGUGAAUAAAAAGCUCAGUUUAAAAUAAA